UGCGCAGUCGCCCUGCGCAUCCGUCGUCUGCGGUGGACAGCGCAGCCAUUUCUCUGCCCCUCGUGAAAAACACACACACACACACACACACAGAGGUGGCGUUUGUCCACCACGCACAUAACUAACCCGUGCGAGUGGGGUUAGUCAUGACGUUAGCAGCAAACAGCGAGGCCGAACAUCACCGCCGCCCGAGACCAGCGAGCUGCAAACUUUCUUCCAAAUCAGCGCCUGCGCAGACGAAACGGUCUCUCACUGCCGCUGGUUGUUGCUGCGUCGGCCAUGGAGGGGAACCUGCAAGGAGGCUGCAGCAAUGCCCCGACGACUCACGUGAAGACUGAAGCGGUCGAUGAGAAGACAUCUGCGCUGGUUUUGGGCAGUCGCGAGUCGCCUGCGCCCUGCGGAGAUACCGCAUGCAGAGGGGGAGGAGGAGGAGGAGGAGGAGGAGGGGGGGGGAUCAGACUGCAGAGCAGCUGGCUGACACGACAACUACUCCUGUGCUGCUGUAUCCCGUGAGUACAGACCGCUUCUUCACCACAUCAGGGGAUGGGAAAACUUACCUGAAGAUAGCUCCAGCUUCAGCGAUGCCCCCCGCUCCCUCAGAGAAGACGCUCCCAUCCGGCUCCGAUUUCUCCUCCAAAGCCGUGUUGUGUCUGAUCGAGGCCGUUGGGCGCCGCUGGGGCCUAUACGAGACUCGGGAACGCUCACAGCUCUUCCAGAGCGUCCAGGAGGAGAUGGCCUCCAAGGGCCACGUGCUUCCUGUUGAGAAGAUCCGCCGCAAGUGGAACAACCUCAUCGUCACGUACAAGAGGGUUAAAGACCGCAGCCGGGAGACGGGACACGCUAAAACGUCCUGGGAGUUCUUUGAUCUUAUGGACGCAACGCUCUGCGACACCGUUGGCACUCAGAUCGCCAACAACAAGCGACACAAAGUUUCCGCGCUUCCUGGUCCUCUGGCAAAAAUCGCCGCCAAACCGCAGUUCCCACAGGCCACCACCACCAUUGUCCGCCCCAAUGGGGACUUUGCUUCGACUGGUGGUGUGGACUCAGAUGGUCACGUUGCAACCUGCAGUCAAAUCACCAGUAGCGCUGCUGCUGUUAGCUCACUGACUCCAGCGACCGUCAGCCCGACAGACGUUCCAGAGGUCAAGCCCCUGAUCGUCCUAAACAGCGACAUUGUUGCGACCAGCGUUCAUCCAGCCACCAUGGUGCCAUCUCCAUCCUUCAUCUCCUCGCCCUGUUUCACAGGAACAGCUUCUACUCCGCCUUGUCUCGGCUUGACGGGCAACACAGACCUCCACACACCGCGCUACGUAGGCCGCAGAGCUCCGUCGUUCUCGCCAGGCGUCAUACCCUUUCGCCUCAGCAGUGCGCCGCUGAGCAACAAUCACAAUCUCCUCGGCAUCUCCUCCUCUCUCCCGCGUGCUUCCUCGUCCCUCGCUUCCUCCACCUCCACCUCCACCUCCACCUCGUUAUCCGCAACGACCCCGUCAGGAAGCAAGGGACGGAGCCAGAGAGGAAACGAGGAGCGAACCAGCACCGGGUUGUUCCAGGAGGUCCUGAAUCAGCAGGAGGAGCAGGCCUACCUGGAUCGGGUGGCUGGCCGCAGGGUGGAGGCCAGAGAGAAGAGGCGGGAGAGGAGGGAGGUGCGGAUGGCGGAGUCCCUCGGCAGGAUAGCCACGGCCCUGGAGCUGCUCUCCUCCAAGCAGGACACGGUCAUCGCCCUCCUGCAGAGACUGGCUGAGCGGAAGUGAUGGAGGGUGUAAGAAGGAGCUUUGCAUUCCUGAGAUCACGCUUAUUAAAACAUUCAAAUCCUCCUAACAUGUAGUGACCCCACCUGAGUUCCAUAAUGCUACUGUAAAAAGGGUUUUACUCUCCUGAUCAUAAUGUAAAUACAAUUUUAUAAAAUCAUAUGAGCUGCUCACUUUUCUACAUUAAGCAUAAAGUGAAAUGGGGUGCUUUUGUUAUAUGCUUUCCAUUUUAGUGCAUUAGUUUUCUUC